AUGAACCAUAGUGCAAAGAUACUCCAGGAUGUAUCCAGUAAGAAGAGCUCAUGUCAACAACCAUCUCUGGAGCUAGAUGGUUCCUACUUGGGUAUUGGAGGACCACAAACUUUUUAUAAGAACAGUAGAGCAUCAAAGACUGGAAGCCCAGCCCAUGUUGCAUUGUCUCAGCCGUGCAGGAAUAAUCACGAUUAUGGGACUGAAAUACAUUACAAUCAUCAGGAGUGUCUGAAGGAAUAUCUGGUGGAAAAUGGCUUGCACAGAAAGUGUAACAAUAUGAUUUCCCCAGCCAAGCAGAGGAGCCCUCACCAUGUAAAACCAGCUCAGGAGAUGGACCAGAAAGCAAAUGAAUUUCAGAGCACAUGCCCCCAGCAAGAGAGUCAUGGUUGUACCUGCAGGCAUGUAGGGAGCUCAGGGAGCAUGCAAGAGAGCCACCAUGUCAGCCAGGUACUUAGAAGACACUCUGGGCCAGUUCACAAAACCUGUGAUUAUUCUAGGCGCUCUUGAGUUUCUGGGCUGAAUGACAAUGUGGACUCAGGGCCUAAAGAAACAGAGCAGGCUAAAAGGUUAAGAAGGCAGAAGCUGCCUCUGCAGAAAAUGGAGCUGGAAAUUGAAAAGGAAUGACUCCAACAUUUGUUGGCUAAGCAAGAAGCAAAACUGCUCCUAAAACAACAGCAACUACAGCAAUCCCAUGUGGAUUAUAACAGGUUUAGAGGCCACGUACCUGGUUCAGAAGAUGUGUCCAUUGAUGAAGCACCUAGAGAACUUGCUCUGAUGAUGAACAGCAACAGCAUGGGGCUAAGUGUACCAGUGUUGAAACAUGAAGAUUAUUUUCCCGGAACACCAGUGAGCAAAACCUCCGGAACACCAGUGAGCAAAACCUCCAGAACACCAGGGAGCAGUGGUAGAAGCAGUUCAGGGAAGAAAAUGGUUGGUUUUGGUGCAAACAUGGAAGAUGGGCGAACCCUUCUGAUGCAAACCAAGAGGGAAGGCACCAAGUCAAGGAAAGGGACAGCUUCAGGAUCUAGGAAGGAUGCAGCCACAUCUCCUGUGGUGAUAGGCAGUGGCAAAGAACUUGCAACCACAGCCACAUCGCCAAUCCAGCAUGACACUUCAUGGUACGAAGCCUGUCUUCUUGACCUGGUUGAAGCUAUGAGCCUGAUAUCUGCCCUGGGACACUUCUGCAGAGAAUCUUACAACAGGAACAAAAUGCACACACCUCGUCGUGCAAGCCACAGGUCCUCGUCUUGGUACCAGAUCCCUCGCAGCUCCAGAAGCAGAGCAGAUGAGCUAGAGAAGAGCCAGCUCCUCAAGGAGAUUUUCUUCAUUUGACACAUCUCAUUGGUCUACAGCCUUUCUGUAGAUUUUUUAGGACCUUUUUAUUGCUGAUUUGUU